AUGGUUAUUCACGCCAAUAAAAAGCCUGUUAGGGCUCAUAGAGGUCGUUAUAACGCACCCCAAGCAAAUGAGGUCGCUUUGGUAUUAGUUGACCAACAAUUUGAAAAAAGGGACAUUAUUAUUGAGGGUUAUAAUAAUCAGUUAAAAAGAAUCAGUGAACUUCACCGAUCUUAUGACGCCCUACAAUAUCCAUUAAUGUUUUGUCAUGGAGAAGAUGGUUACACUAUAGAUAUACCCAAAAUUGACCCCGUUUCAAAAAAAAAACGUUAAGAAAACAGUCUCAGCGUUAGAUUUUUACAGUUUCCGAAUAAUGCUUAGAGAAAAUGUAUGGAAUCACCUGCACUAUUUUAGAGCUCUCUUUAGUCAAUUUUUGGUUGAUAUGUAUGCUAAAAUAGAAACAGAAAGGCUUAAUUUUAUUCGGCUAAAUCAAAAAAAGCUGAGAGCAGAAAGCUACAUACAUCUUCAAGAUGCUAUAGGUAGGAAUGAUGUAGAUUUAGCACAGUUUGGACAGAUGGUAAUUUUACCUUCAUCCUUUACUGGCUCGCCACGGUACAUGCACGAAAAAACUCAAGAUGCCAUGACAUAUGUUCGUUAUUAUGGUCGUCCUGAUCUUUUUAUUACAUUUACCUGUAAUCCUAAAUGGAAAGAAAUUAAAAGUGCACUAUUUUUAGGGCAGAAGCCUCACGAUCGGCAUGAUAUCAUUGCUCGAGUCUUUCAUUUAAAGGUCAAAGCUAUAAUGUCUUUAAUUAAUAGUCAUAGUUUGUUUGGGGAAGUGCAAUGCUUUAUGUAUACGAUAGAGUGGCAGAAACGUGGUCUCCCACAUGCACAUAUACUGAUUUGGUUAAAGUCUAAGAUCACGCCUCAACAAAUUGAUUCAAUUAUAUGUGCAGAAAUUCCAGAUUCUGAAAAGGAUCCUCUCCUAUAUGAGAUUGUUAAGGCUAAUAUGAUUCAUGGACCAUGUGGCCGCUUAAACCUAAAAUCGCCCUGUAUGAACGAGGGUAAUUGUUCCAAAAAGUUUCCGCGAUCGUUGCUUAAUGAAACUGUUACUGGAAAAGAUGGUUACCCUAAAUAUAGGCGAAGAGCACCUGAAGAUGGUGGCUUCACCAUGGAAAUUAAUGGAAACAUAAUUGACAAUAGGUGGGUAGUGCCCUAUAAUUGUGUUCUCCUGCGGACCUUUGAGGCUCAUAUUAAUGUAGAGCUCUGUAGUUCAAUUAAAUCCAUUAAAUACGUUUGCAAAUACAUCAAUAAGGGCAGUGAUCAAGCUACAUUUACUGUGGAAAGCCCUACUAAUGAGGUUCAACUAUAUCAAAACGGAGGCAACGCACACUGUUCGACUCGCACCAGCCACCUCGAGCCACUAACAAUCAUCGAUGACGGCGUUAUUAUUCUCAAUGACGGAACAGCUACGGUCAAUGGACAACUGCUAACUGGAACGUUCCUCGUUACAUUCGACGAGGAGGUAAAAGUAAACAACACCUUAUACCGAAACUUGAAGAGCUACGUAAAAAAAUUCCCAGCACCCGCUGCAUCAACGGUCCUUAACAUUACAGACCAUCAGGAAAUACUGAGUUUACCAUACUUACAGAAAUUAAACAUAGAACCCCUACGAUACAUUGGCGAAAUGGAAAAGAGACUGGAAAACCGGCCUAUAAUAUCUGGAGUGGCCGCGAUCGCUUUCUUCGCCAUCUGCUUUAUCAUUUUCAAGCUCUACCAAAGACGCCAGCGAGUUCGUCGCCAGCAUGACCUUCAAGUUAUUAUUGACGGUUUCAAGAAGUCCGAGGACGUCCUUCAUCAAAGCGGGGGAGGAGUUAACACGGUCACCCGGCAACAGAGAAGUUGCCAAACUGAUCACGCGUAG